ACCCACCAGAUCACCCAUUCACCCCUCCCCGUUCACCCAGAUCACCCACCCAUUCAGGGCCUCAGGUUCAUCUCCUCCCUUGCUCUUCCUUCCCUGGCGGCGACGACUGGGCGAGCGGCGGCGCCAUUUGUCACGUCUUUGCCCAGCCCUUUGCCGGCGACGAGCAUCCUUGAGAUGUUUGACGAUCAAGACUUGGGUUUCUUCGCCAACUUCGUGGGAGUCUUCAUAUUUGUUUUGGUCACAGCGUAUCACUACGUGAUGGCAGAUCCAAAGUUCGAAGGGAACUAAUGUGCUUGAGGAGAAUAAGGCGUGCCAUAACUGGAGCCUAAUAGCAGGCAGAAAACACAUCAGAUUAUGCCUAUCCAAAGUUGGAAGAAAUCUGGGUAUAUAAGGAUGUGAACUGGUUGUACUGCGAGGUCAUGACGGACAAUGCUACUUGUACCGUUUUGACUGCCAUAAUAUGUAAGUGGCUGAGGGUAAAAUAAUUCCAUGACAUUUCAUAAGUGAUUCUGGAAUAAUAGUGGUUUUACCGGAUGCUCAAUAGCGUCGUAGCUGUGCGCUACUCAGCUAGCACAUGGAAUUAUGUCAUCCUCAACUGUCAUGUAAGGAAGUUCAAGCUUUUCUUUUUCUGAAAGAACAGCAAGAGCACUGCCGAUUCAUCUAAGAAGUAAGCAAGUCCGGAUAA